AGGUAGAGAAAAAAAAAUAAUUGCGAAGGGCUUGAUCCGGGAGAACAAUACUCGCCGGGAAAGUUGCUGCGCGGCGGGGAGGGAGCGGCGGGAGGAAAAUGCCGCAGCUGGGCAGCGGCGGCGGGGACGACCUGGGCGCCACGGACGAGAUGCUGGCCUUCAAGGACGAGGGCGAGCAGGAGGAGAAGAUCCCCGAGAACGCCUUCACCGAGCGCGACCUGGCCGACCUCAAGUCCUCGCUGGUGAACGAGUCCGAAGGCAGCGGCAGCCCGGCCGCCGCCGCCGCCGAUCCCGAGGCCCUCCGGCGAGUGCAGGAUCCGCAGAGGGUGUACCAGGAGAAGCUCCCGGACCACAUGGAUGAUGGUAUGAAACAUCAGGACCCAGGGAUGUAUAAAGGAUCUGCCUAUUCUGGUUACCCUUUCCUGAUGCUCUCAGAUCCGUAUCUGCCCAAUGGAUCUAUGUCACCGCUGUCCAACAAAGUUCCCGUCGUGCAGCCGUCGCACGGAGUGCACCCGCUGACCCCGCUCAUCCCGUACAGCAACGAGCAUUUCAGCCACGGCUCCCACUCCCCCCACCUGCCCGCUGACAUCAACCAGAAACAAGGAGUGCACCGUCCUUCCCAGACCUCAGACAUCCCUGGUUUCUACCCGCUGCCCCCCGCUGGAGUGGGCCAGAUCACGCCGUCGAUGGGAUGGCAGAGCCAGUCUGUCUAUCCGCUCCCGUCAUGUGGAUUUAGACAGCCGUACUCGUCAGCGCUUUCUGCUGGGGCUUCUUUCUCCAGGUUCACUCACCCGCUGAUGCUGGGCUCUGGCAUGCACACCACUGGCAUCCCGCACCCCGCCAUCGUGCCCCACUCCGGCAAGCAAGAGAUGGAGCACUACGACCGAAACAUGAAACCUCAACCAGAACCAAAGAGAGAGAAGGAAGCCAAGAAGCCCACUAUUAAGAAGCCCCUGAACGCUUUCAUGUUGUAUAUGAAAGAAAUGCGGGCGAAAGUCAUCGCCGAGUGCACCCUGAAAGAGAGUGCUGCCAUCAACCAGAUCUUGGGAAGGAGGUGGCACGCGCUGUCCCGGGAGGAACAAGCCAAGUACUACGAACUGGCUCGCAAGGAACGGCAGCUCCACAUGCAGCUCUACCCCGGCUGGUCUGCCAGAGACAACUACGGGAAAAAGAAGAGACGAACACGAGAAAAGCAGCAAGAUUCCAGCUCAGAUCCUGCCUCUCCUAAGAAAUGCAGAGCUCGCUUUGGCCUCAACCAACAAACGGACUGGUGCGGCCCGUGCAGGAGGAAAAAGAAGUGCAUUCGGUACCUACAAGGAGAAGGACGCUGUGCCAGCCCAGUUUCUUCCGAUGGAAGUGCUAUAGACUCCCCUCCAUCCCCACCGGACGCACUCCGAUGCAUCCCCUCCGCCUUCCCGUCAGAGCAGCUCGCAGCCCCCGCCGACCCCGCGCACCGCGACCAGCCCGACCCCUGCCCCGUGUCCGCGCACCUCCCGCCCGCCUCCGGCCCCUCCAGACCCGGCGCCCGGCGCUCCUCGGCGCCCGCCGCGCCCCCCGCCUACAGCCGCGCCUCCUCGGGGACAUAGUCCCUGCACUCCGCCCGCCCGCCUGGUUCCGCUGCCCCCGGAGGAGGACCAGAGGCCCAGCCAAAUCCCCAUCUCACUGUAAAACAUGCAAAGUUUGGCGACAGGAUGACUUAAGGAUGAUGGAAAACUCACUUGGCUGGGGUUUUUUUGGAGGGGAGGGGUGAUAAAGAUAGAAAAGCAAUUUCAAAAAAAAAAAAAAAGGUAAAAAAUAAGUACUUGCCAAAAUUUAAAGUGCUGAUGAGUAAACAAGCCUUUUGUCCCUGCCCUGUGAUGCUUUUUUUUUUGUUUGUUUGGGGUUUUGUUUUGGUUUCUUUUUAACUGCAUUAUCUCCAAGUGUGGCAGAGAGCAGAGCCACAUCCCCAGCUUGCUGCCGUAGGUGGUAGGUGCUGUCAGUCUAACCCUGGCUUCCACUCCCUGCCCUCCGAGCUGCUUGAAAGUGUAGUCACUCACAGAUCUCCCAUAGCCGCUACACCAAGGAGCUGGAAAAGCUGGAAUAGGAGAAUUUUUUAAAAGCCCAUAUGUCUGAAAAGGAAACGAAGCGAUGCCAGCAUUCUGAUCUGACCGGGUAAAAGAGGAAUUAAAUAUUUAAAGCAAUGAGGUGAAUUUUUUGAACUUCUUGUUUGAGAACAGGCAGAUGUUGUUUGCAGGUAACAGGCCUCUGUGCAGACAUGUUCCGUUCCACAGUUGUACAGCAAGGCAGAGGACAAGGGAGCACCAGCCAGGCAAAGGAGCACAGACCAGCUGCUGGAAGGGCUGAUGGUUGCUCAGGGCAUCAGUCAGGUGCAGGUCUGCCCUGCUGUUAGGAACUGUCCUCUGCAGAUGUGGAGAUGGUCAGAAAUCCCAGCAGACAGACUGGCCAAAGCCUCAGAAAUCAGUCUGUUGCUUUUGUAGGCUCUGAUCGAGCUCUGCACCUCCACAGCAGUGAGCAGGGCAGGGCAUGUGGGGAGCCAGCAGCCCCAGCAGGCUGGCCAGUGGUGCAGUAGCACACCAGCCAGGGCUGAGGACCACGCUGGCCAGAGGUGCAGUAGCACACCACCAAGGGCUGAGGACCACGCUGGCCAGAGGAGCAGUAGCACACCAGCCAGGGCUGAGGACCACGCUGGCCCAGCAGGUCCUUCAGGGGAGGUGUGAGCUCUCCUGUGGCAGGGCAGUGUGAGCAGCGUGGCAGCACAGCAGCACUCGCUGCCCUGCUCUGCAGGCAUCUGUCUGUCCAUACCCUCGGUGAGAUAAGAACCCUCUUUCUCAUGACUCAGUGUAGAACUUUUUAAAAAACCUUAUUCUAGCUUUUUCUGAAAGAUUCUCCCUCCCCCCCAAUGACGAUGCCAAAUGUUAAUGCAUUCUCUCCAGCUUUAAAAUAUUUACCAUUUUCUGGUAUUGUAUUUAUAUUUUGAGUUUGAUAAACAAAAAACACUGUGGAUGAAUUAUGAUAUCCAUGAACUGAUGUAAAUCCCAAAUAAUUCCAAGUUCUGGAUUUACUUCAGGUUUACAGUCUUCUCAGAGACCACAGUCUAGUCCAGUGCAGACUUUUUUUCCUGUAUGAAAGAAAUCUAUUCCAGACUGCUGAAGAGAAAAAUGACACCACACAGAGGUAGAGGGAGCACUAUUUUUUUCCUACUUGAUAGAUGGGUUUUGGAGUACUGAAUACAAAUUAUGUAGUAAUAUUAUUGUAGAACUGCAAGAAAUUUAAGAUGACCUUUAUAAUGUACAAACUAUUUUUAUAUUUUUUUCUUAAUGCAAAAACACAAACCAUAAUUUUUUACAUUGGAUUAAACAUAACUUUUUAACCGAGUUUAUGCCUCAAAGAUUUAAAAAUUUAAAAAAAAAGCCAAACCUAACUAGUCUAUAGAGCAGCUUUGGGUUUAGUCCCGUAAUUUAGAUGGUUUUGCUUCUAGUAGUGUAGAUUUUUUAUUUCUGGUUUUAGUUUUGAAGAUCUAAACCUCUUUCUUUAUUCCUCUCCUGUAUAAAUGUAACUUCAGAAGCACUGACAGAAAGAUAUGUGCACAAAUCUGACAAGUUUGCAAAGUCAUUUUGAAGUUUGAAUCAUUUUAAGCCUUGGAGAAGUAGCAUUACCUGAUGCAAUGCUAAGUGUACACUUUUGUACGGACUGCACUCAGAGGGUUAAUUACACAGCACUAGACCGAUAUGCAAUUUGCUCAUUUUAAAUUAUUUUAGCAAGCUUAGCCAACAGCAUGUUCCGGUGCUGAACAGAGAAACUCAGUAGACUUGCCAGACCUGAUAUGGUCUCUUUAAUCAUUUGAUUUUCAAGCAAACAAACAAAAAAACCAGCUUUAAAAAUGGCUGUGUCUCAGCUCAUCAUUUGUCACUCUGAGACUCUGCUGUAAGGUGCUGUAAGUGUCACCUACUGGAAACACCAGAGAUGACAGACCAGCCACCAUAGCCUGGUGUACCCAUACUGGGUGUAAGGCUGGUGCAACUCAACACCCCACUGCUAUUGCGUGGUGUGAUGACAGAUGGAACUUAGCAAAGCGAAGGCAGGUAGAAAAGAAAAAGCAGAUGUGUCUAAAUAACACCAGAGGAAAUUUCUGGGAAAGUCCUAAUCAGUAUUAAACUGGCCGAGGCACCUCAUUCAUUUCACACCCUGGGACUUUCACCCACUUAUUUCAAGGCUCCUCUGGUGAGUCCCUGCCUCGACCAGCAAAAGGCUCAUCUGCAUUACAGCCUCCUCUCACCAUUGUUAUUCCAACUGAUUCCUGCAAAAGCUCCUUAGUGACACCUAACCCGCCCUCUCCAGGAGCCCUUCCGUGUGCCCUCGGCACAGAAGCAUGAUCAGAGCUGGAGCAGUCACAGCCACAGCACUGUGUGUGCUCUGCUCUGUACAUACAGGCCAGACCUUACCCUGUGCUUCCAGCUGCUGCAGGAUAAACUCACAAUACCCACUUGUGAUAUACUAAACUGAGAAAAUGUCAUUAUUUUUAUCCCAAAACACAGAAAAGAUACUGUUUUUGACCGCCCCUUUCCAAGACAAAACAGCAUGACUGACUUCUGUUCCACGGCCCCAUGGCUGAUAACCAAUGCCAAAACAAACUUAUUAAUACCAAAAAAGUGUCUUUCAAACUGCUAUAUGAAGUGUUGCUAUUUUGUGUUAAUACUCUUUUUAAUAAAAGGAAGACUUUGCCCUGAAGUUUUUAUCUCAACAAGAAUUUUUUUGAGUUAUUUUACAGCAAUUUUAACUCUUCCUGAAAUACGUAUUUGAAUUCCUGGAAUCAGUCUGAAUGUAGAAGUCAUGGAAGUACCACUUCAUUAAAACAAGUAAAACCACUGUAUGUAUGUAGCAGGGAUAAAUGUUUUGCAGCUGUACCUUCAUUUGUCCAAUGACUAUCCAUCAUUUGUUGUAAUUUUUUUACUUCACUGAGUUUGUAUUUUUUGGCUUUUAUGUUCAAAGUAUGUUUAUAGCUUUAUAAAUAAAGUAAUUGCCAGAUUGGCUGUUCAAAAGAGGCCACUGGAAGUUAUAAUGCUAUCAAACUCUCAAGUAACUAUUUCUUAGCAUUCAAGAGGAUUCCUGCUUGCUUUUGUUUUUUCCCUUCAGCAUUUGUAUGGUUGAAUAGUUUUUAGAAUAACUGCCAAUAACCUUCAGUGGGUAAGACUGAAAUACUAAGCCGAGGGUACAAAGAAAAUACUUUUUUCCUACAAUUCCUACUGACACACAGCCUUGCCUCUCCCUACCCCCACACUCAAUCCAAGAGAAGCCUGAUCCCUGAUCAUGCACUGACUUUAAAAAAAAAAAAAAAUUAGGGGGGAAAAAAAGUCCCAGCUUUAAUACAAGUUAAACAGCAACAGAAAGUUUAACAGUGGGAAAUCAGUCUCUCCUGCUUUCUGGAAUUUCAGAGUACACAGCCAGUGCCUGUUACAGCAGCAAGAGCAGAUUCAGCUGAAGCAUGGAACACAGGCAGCAGCCACAGCACAGCCCAAACUGUCAGCACCUCCCCAGUGUCUUUCUCUACAGCUGAGCACCAGUAUUACUGGAGUAGGUAAGACAACUGAGAUUAAAAAAACCAGUCCUUUCCUGCUGACAUCCCUGUCAGGCAGCUACAGAAUUUGAAUCUGGCUGAAGUCUGAGUCAGUACUGCAGGGGAAUUUCAAUUAGAGAAAGUAAGUUGUAUGCAAUCAUAACUACCAAGACUAGUGAGAGUAUUACGAAUCUGCCAAAGCUACACAAAUGCCUUGAGCACACAGAGCAGCCCUCCCCUACACCUCCACAGCUACUUCAGUGCCAACAGCCAAGUGUCACAACCUGGGGCUUCAGCACAGGCCCCAGCACUGCACAUCUGACCAGCGCAGCUCAGGCUUUGGGCCAGCUGCUCUCACAACUGCCAAGUUUUAUCCCAGGUGUGGUUAAGCAGGCACAGCACAGUUGGAGCAGUGCAACGAGGAAGAUAAACUGUGUCUUUGUCUCUCCCUCACCCUGAAGCAGCACGAGGCAUCGUGCAAGGCGGUGGCUGCUGACAAACAUUAACACUGGGCUCGUGACAAGCACCCAAAGGAAUUUACACAGGCUGCUGCCACCAAACAAUUACACCAGGCUUCUGAAUAUUAACUACAAACAUAGCCACAGAACAGACAUCACAUUUUCCUCUAGUAGCACUUCUAAACUGAGGUGCAUUGUUUGCAAUACAGGCUCCUGGAAAGGUUUCAGCAUGUCCAAAUGUAGCAGUGGAGUAUUUCAUGGCCACUGACAAUGUCUAAUUCACCCAAUAUAAUGCACAGCAGCACAAAGGCAAGCCCCAUAACCUCUGAGGAACCAGAUGUGAGGAGCAGUUGUAUCCAAAGCAUGGGUUUGAAUACUACUUUAUAGCAAAUUCUGAAUGCUUUCAUAAUUGUUACAUCCAAGAAUGUAGGCAAUCUUGGUAAGCCAUCAAAAAACCAUCACCCAACUUCAUCUCCAAGUUGCCCACUGUGUCUGACCAGUACCCUGCAUUAGUCACUUAAAAACUUCACAUCUGUUUUAUUUCAAUUAACCACUGCCUCAGUGCUAUUAUUUCUACACUUACUACUAAGUGACAGUAAAAUUGUCUAGUUCCAAAUAACUAGAACCAUUUGCAAACAAAAGUUUAAAAGCCCUUUAUUAAUUCAGAAGUGAAACACCAAUAUUUCAAGUGAGAUAAGUAUGUUUAUUAAGGUUCAUUCUACUCUAAGGUUUAUACAGAGAAUGGAAUGCAAUACAAGCUAAGAGCACACCUCAAAGAUCUACCACACAACCAUCCCCCUACUCCCUAUAAGGGAACUGUAAAAAAAAAAAAAAAUCAGAAAACCAGUUACUGUUUAACUAGUUGCAAGUGGCUUUGUCCAAAGAAGUUAAGCUUGAUAUUGCAUUAGCUUUGUAUGCAAUAAUUAAGUCUCUACAAGCUGAAGUAUCACAUACAGAGGCAUAAGAUUUCCUGUGGACACAUGAAACCAUGUUUCCAAGAGCUACAUCACAAGGGUCUUUCAAACUGCCUAAAAACCAGCCACUAAUAGCAUGCACAGGUCAAUAAUAUUAACUUUGGUAAUGUCAGUCAUUUUUGGUCAAAUCUGGAUUCCACUUGAAACAGUAACAAUUAUAAAAACACACCCAUCCUGUGCAUAAAGCAACACACUUUAUUUGCUAUCACCUAGAGGCAGGUCUUCAAGACAUGGCUGAAGUAUUCAAACUUAACUGUCAGGAGCUUGUUCAGUUCUAAAUCACAUUUUCACUAGUCUAUAAGGCAAGACUAAAAGGACAAGAAAGUGGUCAAAUAUUUAAUUUUUUUUAAAU